AUGCUCGCCCUCGAGAGAAGUAAAACGUAUCGCGGCAAAUGUACGCCCAAUGUGCUGCCUUGCAGAAUAAACCACAAUGGCGCUGUCAACACUUCGAGACGAUAUUGGAAUCCAACUGCGCAGCCAGAUGGCAAAACCAUAGCUUAUUUCCGCGGCCGCAAACUCCACGGCAAAGUCUUAAAAGUCCCCUCCAAAUACCGUGGUGUAGUAGUCGAGAAGACGGAGAGGGUUUUGCCGAGAGCGCCAGUUCAGACACAGAAUGACCAGGUGGAAGGAGAGGAGGAAGAGGAAGAAGAUGAAGAGCCUGAGGUGAAGGUUAUGGAGGAACAAGCGGGCUUUGAGGAGAUUGUGGUUUGGGGCCAUGAGAUGAUACCGGAUGGGAUGGCGGAUCCGUAUGUGAGAGGGUUAGAGGACUGGAUUGCUUUUGCCGAGAGUAUACAUUCGUUCGACCUGGUGGAAACGAAGAAGGCUUGA